UAUAAAGAAGGUUUCUUUUGUUUUAUCUCACCUUCUUACUUACGCGAGAGAGUUAUGACACGUAAAAGUGCUGUGAAACAAAAAAAUAGUGAUACUAAGUUAAUUUUAUACGUUGUUCCAAAAGCCCCAAAGGAAGCUAUUAGUUCUACAUUAGCUCCUUCGUCCUCUUCAACCUCAACUUCUAUUCCUACCAACCUUGAUUUAGAAAUUAUCCAAGAAGUUUUUGGCUCAUUACCAGAAAAAAUAAUGGAGUCAAAACUUUUGAACCCUGACGAAUAUCUUGAAGAUGAUGAUAUAGAAGAAUAUUUGAAAGAUUUUACCAUUGUUACAAAAGCUGCUCCCUUCACUGUUACUAGUAAUAUCAAGUUUACACCCAAAGAAAAGAAUAACACUGAUAUACAAUUUAACGAAAGAACUAUUUAUGUCACUGAUAUUCCUUUACAAAUGAAACCUGCUAAUAUCAAACAAGUUUUUGCCAAAUAUGGAACUGUUACUGAUUUUAAAAUGACAGUAAGAG